UAAUAAAAUAAACUAUGGGAAAGGCCAAAGUCACCAGAACACAACAACUCAAUUCAUUCAGAAUUGUAUAAAGAAGAUACCCCUUCUGGCUACUGCUGUGUCUGUGAAGCAACACCAUGGGAAUGGCAAUGGAGCAGCAGUUGCACGUGCUGUUCUUGUGGGUGACUUUGGUUGUGAUUAGUGUUUCUGGUGCAAGAGGGAAACAACAUAUCUCAGCGGUGGGAGACCCGGGAAUGGAAAGAGAUGAACUGAGGGUGGCCUUUGAAGCUUGGAACUUUUGCAAUGAGGUUGGUGAAGAAGCUCCUGGCAUGGGGAGCCCAAGAGCUGCUGACUGUUUUGAUCUCUCAAGUAAGCACCAACGUAGAGAAAAACAUUUUUCUAUGAUACACAGGGUUGCAGAAGCAGAUAACAAGCUUGGGGUGGGUAAAACAUUCCCGGAGCUGGACCCGGGAGCUGUAAAUAAUGUAGACCUUUAUGCUGUACAGAAGGAGCUCUAUCUGGGUUCUUUAUGUCAUGUUGCAGAUACUCCAAGUCCAUGGCAAUUUUGGAUGAUUAUGCUGAAAAAUGGUAACUAUGACACUAAAUCUGGCUUGUGUCCUGAGAAUGGGAAAAAGGUGCCUCCUUUUAAUCCGGGGAGGUUUCCUUGCUUUGGAAAGGGCUGUAUGAAUCAGCCCAUAUUGUAUCAUCAACAAACACAACUAUUAGGUGGUGAUACAUUGAGAGGAAGUUUCAAUGGAACUUAUGAUUUAGGUUCUGAUAUUAGGGGUGGACUUGAUGGAAUCUCUUUCUUUGAGGUGGUUUGGGAGAAGAAAGUUGGUGUUGGGAGUUGGGUAUUCAGUCAUAAGCUCAAGACUUCGAAGAAGUACCCAUGGUUGAUGUUGUACCUCAGAGCUGAUGCAACCAAAGGAUUCUCUGGAGGUUACCAUUAUGACACAAGAGGAAUGCUCAAAACACUACCAGAGUCACCUAAUUUUAAGGUCAGGCUGACUUUGGAUAUCAAACAAGGAGGAGGGCCCAAGAGCCAGUUCUACCUAACAGAUAUUGGUAGCUGUUGGAAGAACAAUGGUGAUCCCUGCGAUGGAGAUGUACUAACUGAUGUAACCAGAUACAGUGAGAUGAUCAUUAACCCUGACACUCCAGCUUGGUGCAGCCCUAAGAGUUUGGGCAGUUGCCCACCAUAUCAUAUUACUCCAGACGACAAAAAGAUCUACAGGAAUGAUACCACUCACUUCCCAUACCAAGCUUAUCACUACUACUGUGCUCCAGGUAAUGCAAAACAUUUGGAGCAACCUGUAAGCACUUGUGAUCCUUACAGCAAUCCUCAGGCGCAAGAGCUUGUUCAGUUGCUGCCUCACCCCAUAUGGGCUGAGUAUGGCUAUCCAACCAAGCAAGGACAGGGAUGGGUAGGUGAUGGAAGAACGUGGGAGCUUGAUGUUGGUGGGUUAUCAAGUAGACUCUACUUCUACCAGGAUCCUGGUACUCCUCCUGCUAGAAGAAUAUGGACAUCCAUAGAUGUGGGUACUGAAAUUUUUGUUAGUGACAAAGAUGAAAUCGCAGAAUGGACUCUCAGCGACUUCGAUGUUUUGAUCUACACAUCCCCAAUUCAUAAAUAGUUUCCAACCUUUUCUUCUGGUUGUUUUCUCUUAUUUCCAAGUCAAGCAAAAUAAAAUAAAAGGCCAAAUUGUAUUUAGAAUGGAGCAGAUAUAGUGUGAGAGGAUGAGAAAACCACCCCAAAAAAAAACAAAAAAAAAAACCCUACUAAAAUCAGGGUGUCCGAAUUUCUGUGCAGGUGGACUCCAACACCUUAAGCUGCCCAAAGAAGGUGAGUUUUACAUAUGCUCUCUUGUGGUGUUAGAAAUGCAAACAAACUAAUUGUAGUGGAUUCUGAUCCGUAAGGACAGGCUUCCACAUCCUUGGGACAUAACAAUUUAGAAUUCUCAAUGCAGAGUUGAAUCAAAAGAUCUUCAAGAAUGACUCUUUAGUUUUUCUACGAAAGAGGAAAGAAAUUAUAUAUAUAUAAUCCAGUGUUCUUAAUUUUUGUAACAAAUUGGAAACUUAUCCAAGCAAAUUAGUUCCAAGUAUGAAGUAUCCAUUUAUAUGGUGUAGCAGCUCCUACCCAACCACCUGCAACUUUGGCAAUAUUCAUGUAGACGUAGUUAGGAGACAAAAUCAUUGGUUGCAUUAUGGUAGUUUGGUUAUGCAAGACUGGAAUGGGCCUACCAUCAUGUGCAAACGAAAUCCAGCUGAUUCUUGGUUUACGCAUAAAGCCGAACAGAUGUGACGCGCUCCAGCAAAUUGGAUUGCGGCUUUUCCUUGUUGCGUCACUGUCAAAAUAAGAUGAGUUUACCCGAAGUCCCUGCCGACCUCGAGCCUAUGAGUCUAUGACGGUGCCAUCUAGUGGUGGUUGAAUUUUCUCCUCCGGCUUUAACUCAAUAGUUGGUGAGAAAGUACUAGCCAAAAGAAAUUAUAUUUAUACCAAAUGCUAUAUUAUUACGAAGAUGUGGCAAUGAAUA